AUGCCGGAUCCUUUCGUGAAAGGUGAAAUUCAUGAGAAGAAGGUCAUGGUGAGCGUCUGGUGGGGAGUUCAUGGAAUCUACCGUUUCGAACUGUUGCCGGACAACACGACAGUUACGAGGUCUACUGCGCUCAACUGCAAAGACUGGCCAACAAGAUCCGCAAGAAGCACCCGAAGCUCGACAACGUUCGCCUGCUGCACGAUAACGCGCCCUCACAUCGCGAAGAAGACUUCCCAGAAAAGUCUGGAGCUCGGAUGGGAAGUUCUACCGCACCAACCGUACAGCUCGGACCUGGUUCCGAGCGACUACCACCUCUUCCAAUCGCUUCAGCAUUGCCUGGAAGAGAAGCAAUACGAUGAUCGUGACCACCUCGAAAAUGAACUUCGGGCUUUCUUCGCCUCAAACUCGCCGGAAUUCUACGCCAAAGGAAUCCGUAAUCAUGUGAGACGUUGGCAGAAGGUUGUCGAUGUUGAUGGAGAUUAUUUCGUCGAAUAA